AUGUCUCUGAGAAAAGUACUUUUCUUAACGCGUGCGGUCUGUUGUAAUCCUGUUAAGCUACAAGUCCCAAAAUUAUUAAGGCAAAACAUAUGUCUACUUUCUGUUAAUUGUGCCAGGACCUAUUCCACUGAGAAUAUAGGUGAUAAGAAUAAGAAUGAAAAAGUACCUGAGAAAGUAGACAUUCUGGGACGAUUUUUCCCCCAGACUCCGGGCAGUGUUCAAGAUGCACAAGAAGUUAAAAAAGAACAGGAGAAGUUUGAACAGGAACAGAAAGAAAAAAACCAGGAGAAUGAGAAUAGUUGGAGGAGGAUGAAGAUUGGAUUUGCAGUUUUUGGUGGUGCGAUGACAGUGAUGGGUGGUUGUAUGGUGAUUGAGAUGGGAGCUCCAAGGCGCUCCGAUGACGGAACACCCCUGGAGGAUGAGUUUUCCCACUUGCCCCUACCACUGCAGUAUCUCAGACGAACAUGGAAGGAACUUACUUUUUAUGAAAAGAUGAUAAAGGAGCCGUCUCGAGAGAAAUUAUUACCGGACACGUUGCCUCCUCCAUACCAGCCGACCUACACCCUGGUGUUGGAGUUCACUGACGUCCUGGUACAUCCUGACUGGACCUAUCAGACUGGAUGGAGAUUUAAGAAGCGGCCGGGAGUAGACCAGUUCCUCCAGACGGUCGCCAAUUCCGACUACGAGGUGGUGAUCUUUACAUCGGAGAACGCGUUUAUGAUCUACCCUGUACUUGAGAAAUUGGAUCCCGAGAACAAAUACAUCUCAUACAAGCUGUUCAGAGACUCAACACACUUCAUAGAUGGAGUUCACGUCAAGAACUUGGAGGGGCUGAAUAGAGAUCUGUCCAAGGUUAUUGUAGUGGAUUGGAACAAAGAGGCCACCAAGUUUCAACCGGAGAACGCACUCACCUUGAAGAAAUGGAAAGGCGCCGACGAUGACACCGCGCUGUUAGACUUAGCUAACUUACUGCAAACGAUCGCUAUGUCUAACGUGACGGACGUGCGUGAAGUGUUGCGGUACUACGGACAGUUCGAUGACCCCAUCGCGGCUUUUAGGGAGAACCAAAGACGACUCAUGGAACAGAUGGCGGACAGGGAGAAAGAGACACAGGAACAACCGCUGGCACGCUCCUGGCUGAGACCAUUCACACGACGCUGA